AUGGCAUUGUAUACCAAUCCUUUCCUGAUUCUUGCUACAUCUGCUGCUGUCAUUGCAUGUUUGAUCUACCAAAUCAAGCUACCGGCGACCCCUCGACAGGCAACCGAUGAUUUCCUCCAAGAUUUAGACAUUGUAGGUCAUCGUGCUGGCGGUUAUGAUGCUCCUGAGAACAGCUUGGAAGCCAUUAGGAUGGCUAAAAAAAAUGGAGCCGCAGGGAUAGAAAUUGACCUAGCUUUCAGUAAAGAUGAUGCUGGUGUCUUAAUGCAUGAUCCUUCACUUGGUCGGACUACAAAUGGCCCCAAUGUCGAUGUAGAUCAAUUGACAUUAAAGCAACUAAAAGCGUUAAAUGUGACAGUGAAUGAACGAUUAAAAAAUCGAUUUGAUGAAGUAAAGAUACCAACAAUUGAAGAAGCUCUGAAAGAAGCUAAAAGAUUAAAACUUAAAGUUAUCGUUGAUGUCAAAGGAGAAGCGACGAAGACUGCUGACGCAUUGAUUCCACUCUUCGAAAAGUAUAACUUAUAUAAAGAAGCGAUUGUUACUUCAUUUAAUCCGUUAGUAGUCUACAAGGUACGCCGUAGAAAUCCACGAAUCAUUGGAGGCAUUAUUUAUUUCAGUUAUUUCGUAACUGAUUUCUUACAACGACGCAAUCGAUCGGCUACGAUUAUCAAACUAGCUACUCUACUAGACACUUUUAUUUAUUGGAGCUUUUAUAGCUGGGCUGUUCCAAUGACAGGAUCAUCGAUAGUGUCAAUACAUAAAGAUAUAAUCUCUAGCGAAGAAUUGCAUUACUGGAAUUCUCGAGGUAUCAGCGUAAUGACAUGGACUGUUAACAGUAAAAUUCAGAAGCAAUAUUUUAACCAAUACUUAAAGAUACCGUACAUGACUGAUUGUAUACGCAAAGAGGACGACUGCUCUCGUUAG